AUGGCAGAUGGAGGUCGACUAGCUCACUUGGCGCUGCAGCGUGAGCGCGCGAAAGAAGAUGUAGAGAAACAGAAGAGAAGGAUUGAAGAAGAGACGGCAAGAGUUUCCACUGGGAUCAUCGACAAAUUUACGGCAAAUUACGAUGCUGUCGAGACGGAGCUUCGAUCAAAGACUGUCGGCCUCGUCACAUUGAGCGAAAUGAAGGAGAAGCAAAAGGACGCUGUGGUCGGCAGAGAAGUGGAAGUGGUGAAAUCGAUUGGGGAAGGUGGCAAAAAGAAAGAAGAAAAGACACGGGACAGUAGCCAAGAAGAAGCGGAGCGAAUUAAGAAACAUGUGCUGUCUUUUUCCUACGACGAUGAAGAAGAGGAAGAAGUCUUUGUUCCGAAGAAGCGAUUCGGCAUGGAUCCCAGCGUCGACACAAGCUUUCUACCGGAUCGUGAGCGAGAGCUGCAAGUGGAAAGGAAAAAGGAAGAGCUGGCCCGAGAAUGGCAACGCCAACAGGACAUUGAGAAGAAUGAGGAGAUUGUGGUCUCAUGCGCGUACUGGGACGGCAGCAGUCAUCAGCGCAAUAUUCGGGUCAAGAAGGGGCACACGAUUGGACAAUUUUUAUCAAAAGCCAUCGAGGUGUUCAAGAAGGAGUUUACCGAGCUGAAGAUGUGCGUGUCAGAGAAUAUGAUGUUUGUCAAGGAGGAGCUGAUCAUCCCGCAACACUAUACUUUCCAAGACUUUAUCGUGACGAAGGCGAUGGGCAAAACGGGGCCGCUGUGGCAAUUUGAGGCGCGCGGUGAUAUACGGGUUCGGCAAGACGUCGGCAUGGAAAGCCAUCCAUCCAAGGUAGUCCUGCGCGGUUGGUACGAGAAGAACAAGCACAUCUACCCGGCCAGCCGAUGGGAACCGUUCGUGCCGAAGAAGGACUACCGCCAGACCGACUCCGACAACAUC